CGGCUUUUUCCGAGUCAGGCCUGAUAGUUCGGUUUAAUCGGCAAAAUCUUUCAAGAAAAGUAGGUCAAGUUAAUGUAAACAUGGCUGACAAGACUCAACCGCAGGUCAAAAUUGGCCAUUAUAUUAUUGGCGAUACACUCGGCGUUGGAACAUUUGGAAAAGUGAAAAUUGCAACACAUCAGCUCACCAAUCAUAAGGUGGCUGUCAAGAUUUUGAAUCGGCAGAAAAUCAAGAGCCUUGAUGUUGUUGGAAAAAUAAGGAAAGAGAUACAGAAUCUCAAACUGUUCAGACAUCCACAUAUCAUCAAGUUAUAUCAAGUAAUCAGUACACCCACAGAUAUCUUCAUGGUUAUGGAAUAUGUGUCCGGUGGUGAACUGUUUGAUUACAUUGUGAAGAAUGGCAAACUGAAGGAACCGGACGCAAGGCGUUUUUUCCAACAGAUAGUGUCAGGCGUGGACUACUGCCAUCGACACAUGGUUGUCCAUAGAGAUCUGAAGCCUGAGAAUCUGCUUCUAGAUCAAAACCUAAAUGUUAAACUUGCUGACUUCGGUUUGUCUAACAUGAUGCAAGAUGGAGAGUUCCUGAGAACAAGUUGUGGUUCACCAAACUAUGCAGCGCCUGAGGUGAUCUCAGGAAAGUUAUAUGCUGGGCCAGAAGUGGAUGUCUGGAGCUGUGGUGUCAUAUUGUAUGCCCUCUUGUGUGGCACACUACCGUUUGAUGAUGAGCAUGUCCCAACCCUGUUUAGGAAGAUUAAAUCGGGCAUUUUCAACAUACCUGAUUACCUAAACAAGGAGGUUGUCAACCUUCUCUGUCACAUGCUACAGGUCGACCCAUUGAAACGGGCCACCAUGAAGGACAUUAGGGAACAUGAUUGGUUCAAGAAGGAUCUGCCAUCCUAUCUGUUCCCAGCACCCAGCGACCAUGAUGCCUCCAUUGUGGAUAUUGACGUCGUCAGAGAUGUGUGCGAUAAAUUUGGAGUGCAGGAAUGGGAAGUGGAGGCCGCCAUUUUGGAUGGAGACCCAAUGGAUCAACUGGUGAUUGCGUACAACUUGAUUCUAGAUAACAAGCGCAUUGUAGAUACUGCGAGCUCGGUCAGUUUUCAAGAUUUCUACCUGGCCUCAAGUCCGCCUAGUGAUGCCUUUUUGCUGUCGGGCCGUCACUCGCACCUCCUCGGCUCGCCACAGGCGUCAGAGGCCUUCCCAACUGACCAGACUGUAAAGCCUACAAAAGGAGCUGCAGCCAAGGGCCAGCUGCAAACAAGUGGAUUAAAACCACACCCAGAAAGAAUGCCAGAAAUGAAGGAUGUUACACAGACCCUUGACCCUCUCCUUACAACUAUGAACAAAACACAGACACCAGCCAAGAAAGCCAAGUGGCAUUUAGGCAUCCGAUCCCAAAGCAAGCCUCAGGACAUCAUGCAUGAGGUUUUCCGAGCCAUGAAGACACUGGGCUUUGAAUGGAAAGUUGUGAAUAACUACCAUGUUCGAGUGAGGAAGACGAAUCCUGUCACAAACAGACAGACGAAGAUGAGCCUACAGCUCUAUCAGGUUGAUACCAAGAGUUUCCUGCUUGACUUCAAAAGCCUUCUUGACAAUGAAGAAAAUGGUUCCCUGCCCACCAUAACCAGCAUGGUGGCUUCCCGCGAAAGCUCUGACAAUGUGCUCGUCGGGACGCGUAGUUUCUCAGGAAGAUCAAGAUCUUCAAGUAUCAAUCAGCUCCUUGCCACAGACACGCCCCCUCCUGGAACCAAUAUACUUCUUCUUCCUGCUGAAGACAAAAUGGAUGUUGAUGAGCCACCCAAGAGUCACUGUACACUGGAAUUCUUUGAGAUGUGUGCUCAGCUGAUUACCACCCUUGCUAGGUAGACUUCCUAUGGAUGUGGGUCCAGUGGUUACCACCUUUGCUGACCACUGAUUGAAUGAAGUAAAUACCAUCCUUGACAAAUAGGCCGGCUGCAGAUGUGAGUGCAGUGAUUACCACCUUUGCCAAAUAGACUGUCUACUGCACCAAAGGUCGACUGGUUACUGCACAAAGUCCUAAAGCAAGCGGUCUAUUGCCUAAUUGGUUUUGUCCCAGUUAUUGCUUGCAAAACUGUUCCAGACAAAUGUUCAUACUUCGCAUUUUCCAGACUUACACUAGAUCAUGAUUUCAUAUACUUGUUAUUUUGCAAAACAUUUACUUGAAAGCAAACUUUUUUUUUUACAAUAAAUUGUUAUUGAAAGUAUUAACAUGUACAAAUACUUUGCAAUUAUUGUUUGUAUCUACAUAUAACAUGUUAUUAAUUUUUAAGCAUUAUUGCUUUAGAAUUUAAAUAUAUUUAGUAACUUGCCAACGUACCUUCAUUGUAUAUAAAACAGGACUGCUGUUGCAAUAUUGCCUUUAUGUUCAUUGUCUACUUUCUUAUUCAAAAAUAACACUGAAAUGGGAACAAAUUUUUCCAAGGUUAACAAUUAUAUAAUCAUUCUUUGAGAAACAUGUCCACGUAGCUAAUGUUUGAGAUCUGUCAUCAUUUAUUGGUGAUAUGAAAAUACUUUAUAUUACAAAUUUCAAACAUGUUCUAGAUUCAAAUUUUUCCUAGAGCCUAAUUUUAAGACUUUAUAUACCUUACUGGCAUACCUUUGGAUUGUAUUGUGUUCAGUUCGCUGGAUAAUAAUACUUUGGCUAACCAAGUUUGAAGGUAUGAACGGGUUAAAUUAGUCACUAUGUUGGUUGGUUUGUCAGUAUAUAAUUUGUUUAAGUUCAUGGCACAAAUAACUUCCACAUUUUUCAAGCAAUUGAAGUGAAACUUCAAAUACAUCAUCACCAUGAAAUGUGGAUGUAAAAGGCACUUUUCAUGCCAAAUUAUCCCCUAAUUCAUGAAUUACAAUGCCAUAAAAGUGUGGCAGUAGCAUAAAAUGUUACAAAUUUGUGAAGUGAACUACAUCAACAUUUCUCUAAAUUAUAAAAUUGAAACUUUAAAUAUUUCAUCACCAUUAUGUGUUCAUAUGCUUGUCAGUUUGUUCCUGCCCAAUUACCUGCACAUUCAUGAGGUAUGUGCCCUUCAAAUAAGCCUUGCACAUGGCAAUACGAAACGUGUGAUAUAUGUUAACAAUAAAGUGUACAUGUACCAGACACAAUUUUCACUCCCAAUGAUCCCCACAUUCAUGAGUUAUAUGCCCUUGAAUAUAGUUGACAAAGCAGUGUGGGGUAUUAGUCAAAUUUGUGACAAAGCUCUACUUACAACUGAGUGUUUAUAGAAAUCUGCAUUGUUUUUGUUUUUACCAAAGAAAUUAGGAUACCAUAUUGUAUUUAAUAAUCAGAGCACAGGUAUUGUAUGUACUUUGAACUGUUUAAGGAAUAUUCAGUAAAUGUUGCAAUGUGAAGUCUGGAAAGAUGUUAUUUUGCUAUUCUUAAUGAAUUGCUCAUUUUAUUCUGAAGAUAUCAAUUAUUUGAUUUAAUCAAGAUUUUAAAUGUUGUCACGUGGAGCGUGAUGUGUUUUUUAGCUCACUUUAGCACAGCAUGCUUAUGGUUAGCAUUUGUGAUUGCCUUUUGUGAGUCGUUUGUGGUCUGUUGUGUUUCAUCAUAUCUGCCUUAUGAACACUCUAGGGGCUGCAUUUAUUGUACAAUCUUCAUGAAACUGGGUCAGAGUAUGUCCCAAUGAUAUCAUGGACAAGUCUGAAAUCAUGUUACAUAGGUCUAUUCCUCUAUGGAAUAAAAACUAAAUCUAGGUCAAAUUGAAGAAAACGCCUGUGAAGACUCAAGACGCUGCAUUUAUUGGCUUAUCGUAAUUAAACAUGUUCAGAACAUUUUUCCAUUGAUAUAACGGCUGAUUACAAAACUGGGUCAUGUGGCUAGAAACUAGGUCACCAGGUCAAAUUUUAAUAAAGCUUUUGAAAUGUCUUGAAGCCUGAAUUAAUUGCCCAAUCUGCAUGAAACUUGGUCAUGUGGGGUCAAAAAUUAAGUCAUUUGGAGAAAAAGCUGGAGAUGUGAGAUUAGUUUGCAAAAUCUUCAUGAAUUUUUUUCUUUUUUCUUAAUUGAUUGGGAUAUGGUUCUGGUCCACUGAAUAUGGUGGCCACCAUGUUGUGUCGCAAAUCUGAGUAAGUUUCACUAGGCUUGGUCCAAAAAUAGGACUUCAAGAGUGUACACAUGGUUUUACUAUAGACACAUGAUCAGAAUAGUUCUGUUCCUUGGGUUUCUAGGUGAGCUCCUUUGUUAGUUGAUACUUACUCUAUAACACUCUUGAAAAUGCAGAGAUGUAAAUUCCUUGCAAUGCAAUAAAUCUUUCCUUCUCAGACACCUGAUACAGAAAUAAUCAAUGCAUGUUCUUUCGAAAUAAUCUAUUGUUAAUGAAGCAUGACUUUGGCUUUAUGUCUUCUCAUGAUUUUGUAUCUAUGUUUUGAGUGAUUGUUUGUUCUGGUUUACACCAACUCACCGAAGGAGAAAUACGAUUUUAUUAUAAAAGAAGAAGAUCUUUCAUCCCAUAGUUAUUUCUCAAAGUGUAUAUACUGUAUGUUAUGGAUGUUGGUGUAUAAUGCAUGCAUGCAACCUUAAAUAAUAUAUAAAAAAGUAUUUUCUACAAGACAAUUGUUUGCAAUUCAGAUAAUGUAUAUUCUUUUUAGUGUUAGAAUCUCAGAAAUGUUAACAUCAAAUUAAGAAAAAACGUAUGGAAUUCGGUGGGGAUCCAAUGUUUCACAUUUAUUAAGAAUUAAUUCUUAUUCUUAUUUUCUUAAACUAGAUCAACAUUAAAGAUUUUUUAUAACAAUAGAACAAAACUUGCGUGUUCAAUUUAGUAAUUGAAUUGUAGCUGUGAAGCGGGUUUCUAUAGAAACAUGGCCUUCUGUUUACCUAUCCAUGGAUUUUUUGGUAAAUGUUUUAAUUGAUUACAAAUCUCGGAAUUGGUUAGAUUUCAGUAACACAUAAUUCGGUACAUAUUUGCUUUAUUUUGUUACACUUUUAUUUAUUCAGAAAUGAUUUCAAGAAAUUAAUUGUAUAAGCAGUUAAUGUAUUACGACUGCUUUUUGGAAUUAUAUUUACAUUAUAGAUAAUUUAAUUUGAGGUACAGGUUUUCAUUAUUUAAAGAUAUUGUAGCACUUUGUACCAAAUAGUGGUAGAUAUAAUUUAGUAUGUUUAAAUAUAAUUGGUAAUUUACAUGUUUAUGUCCUCCACCACUAUAGUGGGGGACACAUUGUUUUUGCCCUGUCUGUUGGUUUGUUUGCGCCAACUUUAACAUUUUGCAAAAACUUUUGAUAUAUUGAAGAUAGCAAAUUCAUAUUUGGCAUGCAUGUGUAUCUCAUGGAGCUGCACAUUUUGAGUGGUAAAAGGUCAAGGUCAUCCUUCAAGGUCAAAGAAACUAAAUCAAAGCGGCGCAGAAGGGGACAUAGUGUUUCUGACAAACACAUUUCUUGUUUUUGUUUUAAGCCGCUGAAAAAUUAGGAACACUGUGACAACAAAUAUUGUUAAUUAAAGAAUAUAAUUAUUUUUUCUAUACCCUUGAGGGAUUAUAUAUCAUGUCUUCCCACUUUUUCACUUGCGUAUGCAAACAUAAAAAGAAACCCCAUCUACCCCAGAAGCAGUGUUUCUUACACUUCAUGUUGUACUCAGCAGUGUUUCUUACACUUCAUGUUGUACUCAGCAGUGUUUCUUACACUUCAUGUUGUACUCAGCAGUGUUUCUUACACUUCAUGUUGUACUCAGCAGUGUUUCUUACACUUCAUGUUGUACUCAGCAGUGUUUCUUACACUUCAUGUUGUACUCAGCAGUGUUUCUUACACUUCAUGUUGUACUCAGCAGUGUUUCUUACACUUCAUGUUGUACUCAGCAGUGUUCCUUACACUUCAUGUUGUACUCAGCAGUGUUUCUUACACUUCAUGUUGUACUCAGCAGUGUUUCUUACACUUCAUGUUGUACUCAGCAGUGUUUCUUACACUUCAUGUUGUACUCAGCAGUGUUUCUUACACUUCAUGUUGUACUCAGCAGUGUUUCUUACACUUCAUGUUGUACUAAGCAGUGUUUCUUACACUUCAUGUUGUACUAAGCUUUCUAUGGCAACACAAAAUACUUACAUUUUCAGAUGUCUGCAUGCAUUUUAAUUUUGAUUCUGUUGGAUGUGUUGUUAUUUCAUGUACAGUUUUUAUCUAGAAGUAAUUCUUGUAAAAUAUUUCGUUAUUUGUUACUGUAUGCUGAAUAUAUGAGUGACAGAGAAUAAAAUAGCCAUCAUCA